GUUAAAUGGCCUUCUGGGCAGUUGAGUUAGCUUUGGAAUCAGAGCCGUAUUGGCAAAGCGAUAGCGCGAUUGUUUCUCGCAUUUCCAAAUGAUUGCGCCUUUGAAAACAGGUGUAGAGAUUCCGAUAUCACGGCGAUACAUCGCCGUCGCAAGUGGACUUGUUCAUGUAGCUGUUAUUAUAAUAGCCCCAAUAGGUUUAUGGAUGGAUAAAUUGCAUAUUUUCGGAUGACUGUAUGAUGCGGAAUUGGUACAUUCCUCUAUGAUUUAAACUGAGAAAACAUGAACUUUCGAGUGUUGGGCCAGCGUCGUUACACCGGUUUUACUGGCAUUCCUACAACCAUUUUUAUGGAGUGUAUUUGAUCUCGUCAAUAAUCGCUAAGAAGCACCAAAUCCACAUUUUGCUUCCAGUUUGUCCAUUUUAUUAUAAUAGGAAAUGUCAGAAGAUAAAGUUCGUGUGGCGGUGCGUGUUCGGCCACUGAACAGCCGGGAAAUUGCCUUAUCUUCAAAAUGCGUCGUGGAGAUGCGCAAUGACCAGACCAUUUUGCACGACCCUCGCUAUUCUAUCCAGACUUCCGGUGGACAGGAUCACAAGAAGCAUCAGAAACCAUUCACCUUUGAUCACUGUUUUUGGUCAUGCCGUCACGACGAUCCCCAUUAUGCGGAUCAGGACGAUGUGUACAGUGCUGUGGGAAGCAGUGUUCUGGAGAAUGCCUUUCAAGGAUACAACGCCUGCAUCUUCGCGUAUGGACAAACCGGUUCCGGGAAGUCUUACACGAUGAUGGGCUCACUGGAACAGCCGGGUAUAAUCCCGCGGUUAUGUAGUGAUUUAUUUCUGCGAGUGGAGGAUGAUGUCAGGAAGAAUGUACUGUACAAAGUGGAAGUAUCGUACAUCGAAAUCUACAACGAGAAGGUCUACGACCUGCUUAGUCCGAGAGGAACCAAACAGAGUUUGCGUGUAAGGGAACACAACAUUUUGGGCCCUUACGUGGACGGCUUGACUAUAGCAGCGGUUGAAUCGUUUGAGGAUAUCGAUGUUUUGAUGGCAGAAGGGAACAAGGCGCGAACGGUUGCAGCCACGAACAUGAACAGCGAAAGCAGCCGUUCACACGCGGUUUUCACAAUUGUACUGACGCAGGUCAUGGAGGAUGUGGCAUCUGGUGUAAGAAUAACUUUACCUGAUUGUAGGUUCGCGGGGAGAAAAGUUAGUCGUAUUAGUUUGGUGGAUCUGGCCGGAAGCGAAAGAGCUUCGAAAACGGGCGCAGAAGGCGAACGUCUUAAGGAAGGAAGCAACAUUAACAAGUCAUUGUCAACACUUGGUUUGGUUAUUUCUGCGUUGGCCGAUCAGUCCAGCAACAGAGGAAAAAAUGCGUUUAUUCCUUACCGUGAUUCCGUGCUGACAUGGCUGCUAAAGGAUAACCUUGGUGGCAACAGUAGAACGGUGAUGAUUGCCACAAUAAGUGCCGCUGCUGACGAGUAUGAAGAGACGCUCUCGACACUGCGCUAUGCUGAUCGGACAAAACGCAUUGUCAACCAUGCAGUCAUCAACGAAGAUCCCAAUGCGAAGAUUAUUCGGGAACUGCGGGAAGAAGUAGAGAUGCUGCGAAAACAGUUGCUGCUGACUAAGGGCAAAGAAAUCGAGGAGCGCUACGCAGAAUCCAAGUCAAUUCUGGACAACAUGAACAAACCAUGGGAGGUCAAGCUGAAGGAAGCCGAGCAGCUACAUGAGGACCGCAAGCACGCGCUGGAGCAGAUGGGCAUUUCAGUUCAGUCGUCUGGUAUCAAAGUUGAACAGGGCCGCUAUUAUCUUGUCAACCUCAACGAUGACCCGUCCCUUAAUGAGAAUUUGGUUUACUACCUCAAGGACGUGAAUUCAGUUGGCCGACCGGAAGCGGACGAGCAGCCUGACAUUCAGCUGAGUGGCAUCGGCAUCCGACCAAACCACGCCGUCCUCUUGAUCGAAGCCCAGGAACUGCAUGUGAUCCCCAUCGACGAUGCCAAAACGUGUGUUAAUGGAGUGGAGAUUGCUUGCAAGACACGUUUGUAUAAUCGCGAUCGUUUGAUUUUCGGGAAUAAUCACUUCUUCCGUGUCAACUGUCCAAAAACCGAAAAUUCGGGUUCGACACCGGAAGAACCGGUAAAUUUCGAAUCAGCACGGGAGGAACUGUUCCGUAACAAAAUGAGCGAUCCCGCCACCGCCUCACUGUUUCAUGCUUUAGAGUCACAGUAUCACGAGGAAAAACAGCGUGCACUGUUGGCUCAGAGUCAAAAGUAUGAGAAACAGCUGAGACAACAGGAACAAUACCGGAGUAACCUUUCCAUGGCCGGGACGCCGGUCAGUACUCCUGGAGUAUACGGCUCAUCCAGGGAUCUUUUGUAUCGGUCCAGUUGGAACUUCGCUGGCGCAACUACGCCUUCCUACCCCGGGACGCCGAGAUACGAAGUGUGGAAUCAUGAGCGGGAAGAGUGGUUCAAUAAGUGUUUAGCGCAGUUGAAAUCCGAGGUGAUUCGCGCCAAUACAUUUGUCCAAGAAGCACGCUACUUGGCAAAGGAACUGGGCAAAGAAACCGAUUAUCAAGUGACACUGCAGAUUCCGGUCAGCAAUCUGACACCCAAUCGCAAAAUCUAUUCCAGCCUGAGUGAGGCAGCCAUUGUCGUUAAACGCAAACACCAGCCAAAUCAAAUCUGGUCAGUGGAGAAGCUGCAGAAUAAGCUGAUCGACAUGCGCGAGCUGUAUAAUUUAUGGAAGGGACCGGAAAUCCCCAGCGUAGGAUAUCCUGAUGAUCAACUGUUAACGGCCGUGGAUGUUGAUCCGUUUUAUGAACAUGAAGAAAAUCACAAUCUGAUUGGAGUGGCGAAUGUCUUCAUGACAGUGUUGUUUCACAAUGUGACCUUGGACUGCCAUGUUCCCAUCAUUUCACAGCAGGGAGAGAUUGUGGGGCGGCUGCAUGUACAAAUCUCUCGCGUCGGUGGCGAUCUGAGUAUGGAAGACCGCGAGGGCGAUGCCGGUGAGGAAACUGAUGAGGAUGAGGAGGAGAGUGAAAAUGAGGACUGGGACGAAGACGAUGAAUCGGAGGCCGAAUCCGAUGAGCGACGGUGCUACCGUCGUAAUGAAGUGGUCUGCCGAAUCUCCAUAAUCGAAGCUACAGGACUGCCGCCGACGUUCGCCAACUUUGUCUUCUGUCAGUAUGUCUUCUGGGGUGAACGCGAUCCGGUAAUGGUACCUACACUUAGCAUCCGUCGACAACAAACGAAAGCUAAAGAAGGCGCCCGACUUCUGUUUAACUUUACCUAUGACCACACCGUUUCUAUGAACGAAGACUUCCUUGAUUUCUGUCAGGAUGGCUCGUUGUCUAUCCAGGUAUGGGGACAUAAGCAGUCAGGGAAUGAUUCCGAGUGGGAAGUCAACAAACUUGAUUUCAAGACAAAGAGCAUUGCCGAUCACUGGAGUGAAGUUAGUCGCAAACUAGACAUGUUGGUGGAAAUCCGUGAACUAAACGAUCAGGGCGUGUACUCUCCCGUGGAUGUGGAUACCGGAGACAGCCGGAAAGUACUGACGGGUGGCGUGUACCAGCUGCGUCAAGGGCAGCAGCGCCAUGUUCACAUAAAGGUCACACCGGCGCUCAAGGGCGGUUUUCUGCCGGUGGAUGUCUUCUCCAUUGUCAGCGCUUCCAUUGGUAACGUGGAGGAGCGGGAUCUGCGGCAACAGAAAGGAUUAGAUUCCUAUCAGGAAGACGACUUACGAACGCUUCGCAGUAAAUGGGAAGUGGCGCUGCAGAAACGCCGGCAGCAUUUGACCGAAGAGUUGGAGAAGUUAGCAGAUAAGCGAGCCAAAUCCGAAAGCGAUGUCGAAAGGGAAAAGAAUCUGCACGAUCAGUUUCUGACUUACACUCAGGAACUAAGCUCCAUGCAUGUUCCAUCGCCGGAUAGCGGUAUACCGGGAGCGACGGCUCAAGGCCCAGGGAUUGAGGGAAUGGAAAUGCAUUUUCCUGUUUUGUACAUGGAUCUCCAUCCGGACGAUGUUCGAGCUUUCGCACCAUUGAACGAUGAGUUUUUAGUGGUGGGAGCAUUUACGAAAUUGCCAAGGGAAAACAGUGACACGAUGUUAGAAAUGCAUCUCGUAAAGGGCGACAGCGCUCGGGCUGAAGCGACAUUUUCUUGGGAUUCUUCCCGCCACGAUUCUCCGGCACUUAAUUGUCAAACCCCACCGUUUAACUGCAUCUACCUGAUUGUGCGAGCGGUAUUACGCCUCACCCAUCCUGCCCCUCUCGAUCUAGUGCUUCGCAAACGCAUCUGUGUCCGCAUCGUCAAGAAGCGCACUUCGGUGAUGUGGUUCGCCAAAUCCGUGCUAAACGCCAUCGCAUCCGGUGGGAAAAUGUUAACAUUCACUGGCGUGACGUAUCAUAUCGUGUCCAGUUUACCAAAGGCAUCCGAGGAAUCGGAAAACCGUGAACAACUAGCGCUUCUGGCAGCUGCGGCCGAUCCCGGAAGCGGUACAAUUGAGGGAGAGUCGUAUAUUGAUCUUUACCUGCGAAAUGUGCUUAGUGUGGAGAUGCUAUUGAAGCGAGAGCGUGAUCGGCAGGAGCUCAAGAUUAAAGAACUCUUGCAGAGAAUGGGUAAACCGCUGAGGAAAACCGCCAGCGUACCCACUAGCAUCGGCGGCCAUUUCUCACGCUCCCAUGACGUCAUAUCCAGUAUCAGAGAGCUACGGCCGUCGUUGGAUGCCAGCAUAUCGGAUAUAACCGACGGACAGUCGGAAGUAAAAGAACGCAAAACUUUCCGAGGGCGUCCAACAUUCCUUAAUAUACGACCGGUGGUGGGCAGUCUAUCACCAACUUCACCCCAUGAAAUCUACACUCCAACUCCUUCGAAAUUCGCUUCAAAAAUGAUGCCGCUGGUGGAAGAGCAGCAGAAUGAAGACAUUCCGGAACGUGAAUGCUUAAUGUCGCCCAUUCGGACCAUUCCUGAGAAGCUCUUUGACAGCAAUCACAGCCUACAUUCGCAUACUUCGCUGGAAAUAGAUGGCGGGAACAAUUCCUCACAUGACUCACCGCUGAUCAAGAGCACGAUGCAGAACAGUUCAAGUUUAAGCGGUAUCUCUAGCGGCGUGGGCUCCCAGACCAAUACGCAGUCGUCGGUGUCGGACGAUGGAAGCAUCCGCAGUUCCAACGUAUCCCCAGACAUCGAUUCGGGAUAUCGCGAGCCAGCAGACACAAUGGUGAAGAGUGAUUUUGUGGAGGGAAAGGUAGAGGAAUCGGAAGAAAUUCAGGGGGAAAAAGAAAACGGGGCGCCGGAAGAAAGUCUGGAAGAAGCGGUUAAGGAUGAUUCUGUUGAGCAAGAUGACGGAGAGAGAAUGGAUGUGGAGGCAUCCUUGCCGCAUUAUACCGCUGAGAUGGAAACAUCCAAAGAAUCGCUAAAUGAGCCCUCGCUAAUUUCGUCAGAUACGGAUUGGAUAAUUGUGGGAAAGAAAGUUACGCUGGUCCGGGGUAACCACUUGGGCGUAGUUCGAUUCAUUGGACCAACGAGUUUAGGCGAUGGGCAAUGGAUCGGCGUGGCUCUUGACGGAGCUCAUGGUAAAAACGACGGGAGUUUGGAAGGAAAGCGAUAUUUCACUUGUUCACCCAAGCACGGCGUCUUUGUUCGUCCUGCCCACAUCAUUCCCUUUCAUCCAAAAAUCACUACCCCUAGCCGCAGUCUCCCGCCUUCACAGCCUCCGUCAGCUUCUAACCGGAAAGCCCCCAUGAAACCGGUACAGAAUGGAACGCCUAAAACGCCUACAUCCAGUAAAAACCCUCCCGCCAGCCGCACGCAGAAAAAUCAGACGUCGAACAGUGCCAAAGUCCCUAAUGGUCGUCGCAAAAAUGCUGCUAAAGAGUGACCCUGUUUACAGUAUACUGUAUCCUUGCGCCCUUUUUGAUUCAACUGAGAUGUGAUAUGAUCCUAGUUUCUGGUCAGACACUCGAUACCUGAGUCGCGGCUGCUUUUCUUUUUUUACGGUUACACAGAAUUUUUAUUUAUGUCUUCCUUUAAUUUUGAUUUUAUGGAGUUGGUGUUUGUAUUCCUGUUUGCGUUUCCUGGUUUGUGACGUACAGACUACAGAUAAUGGUUUCGCACUGUUGACGUGCUAGUAUUGCCUCACAAUCCCAAAGCAAAGUUCCAA